AAAAAGCAAGAGAGAGUUGCAGAGUCCAAAAUAUAUAUUUAAGGUCAUUAUAGAUAUAGAGGUGGGGAGAGAAAUUAGGAACUGAUUCUGUUGAAGAGCUUCUUGAAUCAAUCAAUGGCUUCCCAAGAGUCACAGACCAUCAGCCUGAAGCUUCUGAUGGACAAGGAGAAGAACAGAGUAGUAAUGGCUGAAGCUAACAGUGACUUUGUGGACAUUCUUUUCAGCUUCUUGACUCUGCCCAUGGGUACCAUAGUGAGACUCAUCAGUAAAGAACCACAACCAGUCAUUAUUGGGUCCAUGACAAGUCUAUACAAAGAGGUGGAGAAUCUUGAGGAGCAGCAUCUGCAGACUCACGUAUGCAAGUCCAUGCUACUUCAUCCAACGAAUCGUUCUGAAAAUGAGUGCAGGAGACUGAAACUGAACAUUGAUGAUGCAAAGGCCAAAUACUAUACUUGUGCUCAUUGGAUCAAUUGCAGCCGAAGGUAUAGUAACGGUGCUAAUUAUAGUACUUUCAAGAAUGUUUUCUCCGGUGCUUGCGGGAAAAUGAUGGACAAUGUCAUAUACAUAGAGAAAGAAUAUGAUGCUGCAAGAGCUGAAGGAGAUGGAGGUGUGUUUGUUCGUGGAAUGACCAAGUUCAUGGUAACCGAUGAUUUGCAGGUACAGCCUACGUCUCCAGCUACUAUCUUGACACUGUUGCAUAAACUUGGGAUCAAAGACAUGAGUUCCCUCCAAGAGACCACAUUGAGUAUUGGCUCAAAGGAGAUUUUGAAUCUGCUCAAGGCAUCGUUAUUUUCCAAGACACCUCUGACUGAUGUUUUCCUUAGAAAACAAGAAAUAUUUACAUCUGAAGGCCUAAAAUUUGAGAUAGGAGAUACAGAGCAAUCUAAGAGUGGAAGUAAUUUAUUAAAAUCUCCACUAGAUAUGACUAUGAAGUUGACGAUGAGCAAGUCAAUGAACAAAGCAUUAUAUGCUGAAGCUGAGGAAGACAUGGUUAGCCUUCUCCUCAGUUUCCUUACCUUGCCUCUUGGAUCCAUUUUACAACUCUUUAAUGGGAAUUCAUCACUGGAAUCCAUGGACAACUUGUACAAGAGCGCGGAAUGUGCAAAAGCUACAAGGGAUUGUAGUCUAAGGAACCUGCUGCUGCACCCCGGGCUCUGUCGUGCUUCCUAUAACCCACUGCAAGUUAAUGAAUUUGAACCUCCUUCCUUGUGGUGUAUAAGUUAUGAAAAUCCACAAAAUAAAGAUAACCAAUACACUGGCUACCUGACUACUAAGCAGCAGCCUAAUCUUGGUCGAAAAAAUGAGUUUUGUGCACCAUUACGGAAUGAGUCUCCAACAAGUGGAACAACUGAUCGAGGAUUUCUCAAGGGACCGGCAACUUUCAUGUUAACAGACAAUUUGGGUUUCACUCCAUUAGUCUCUAUGUGGAGUCUAUCCUUUCUUAAAAGCAUGAAGGUUCCCCUAGAUGACUUGGAGGUUCGGAUGGUUAGCGUGGGCGCAGAGGAGGCUUUGAAGCUAUUGAAGGCUUCUCUCUUCUCCAGAUCAGUACUGACUGAUGUCUUCGUCAACUUUGGCCGAAAGAGACCCAAGCAAGAAAAAUAAACCUUGAUAAGAAUAUCAUGGGAUUUGAAUCAAAUAGCCUAGAGUUUAGUGACCUUUGUAAGGAUCGUUUGAUUUAAUUAACUUGCUUGUAAAACUUAGAACUUGUGUUUUGGCUUUGGUGUCCCCCUUAUAGAACUGCAUACCAGUCUAUAUUGGUAGUAGUUAAGAGUUUGUUAUUUUGUUGAUCCAACAUAUUGUAUAUAUUUAGAAAGCUUCAAAGAAAUACAAAAUGAGUCUUAUCUGUC